GCGACCUCGUUAAGCAGAGCCGAGGGUGACCCGGAUGAUGGCGGCCGGCGCGGCCCUGGCCCUGGCCCUCUGGCUCUUGCUACUGCCGGUGGGGGCAGGCGGGGCAGGACCCCCGCCGAUCCAGGACGGCGAGUUCACAUUCCUGCUGCCCGCGGGGAGGAAGCAGUGUUUCUAUCAGUCGGCACCGGCCAACGCAAGCCUCGAGACCGAGUACCAGGUGAUUGGAGGUGCCGGGCUGGACGUGGACUUCACACUGGAGAGUCCGCAGGGUGUGCUACUGGUCAGCGAGUCCCGCAAGGCCGAUGGGCUGCACACGGUGGAGCCCACGGAGGCUGGCGACUACAAGCUGUGCUUCGACAACUCCUUCAGCACCAUCUCAGAGAAGUUGGUUUUCUUUGAGCUCAUCUUUGACAGUCUGCAGGACGAUGAAGACGCCGGGGGCUGGGCAGAGGCUGUGGAGCCCGAGGAGAUGCUGGACGUCAAGAUGGAGGACAUCAAGGAGUCCAUGGAGACCAUGCGGACGCGGCUGGAGCGCAGCAUCCAGAUGCUGACGCUGCUGCGCGCCUUUGAGGCCCGGGACCGGAACCUGCAGGAGGGGAACCUGGAGCGCGUCAACUUCUGGUCGGCCGUGAACGUGGCGGUGCUGCUGCUUGUGGCCGCGCUGCAGGUGUGCGCGCUCAAGCGCUUCUUCCAAGACAAGCGCCCCGUGCCCACGUAGCCCCGGGGGGACAUCAGUGGGGCACCGGGGUCCCCUCUGGACACGCGGAGACCUGGAGGAGCUGCUGCUCCCCUCCCGCGCUGCGUGGGGCCCCACAGGCUGGCCCGGAGGCCGGGGGCUGAGGCAGUCGCCCCCUUCCCGGGAAGCUGCUGGUGAGCGCAAGCCCGGCCUCUCGGGCCCCGCCUCAGUCCCCAGUGGUUAAAGUGCCUUAGCUUGAGUCUUCCGGGGUGCCCCAGUGUGGAUGGGCCCAGGAAUGGGGGCCCCCUGAGCCCGGGCGUGGUGGGCGGGGAAGCCCAGGCUUGCUCCCCUCUCCUGGCCGCCGCCACCACCAGGGGGCACUGCCAGGCCCCACUGGGAAGGAGCCAGGUGGGAGCGGGGCACUUGAUUGAACAGCAAGGGGCUGGCCGGCGGGGGUGGGGGUGGCAGCCAGCUCGAGCCAGCCCCUCCGGGAAGGGACACACAGGCUGAGGGCCAGCCACA